AGUGUGAAACCCCGGGGAAAUGGGGCACGCGCGCGAUGCCAUCAUGCAGGCUCUGGAGAACCUGAGCUCCGACGAGUUAAAGAAAUUCAAGUUGAAGUUUAUUUCGGUGAACCUGCGUGAAGGUUUUGGGCGCAUCCCGCGGGGGCAGCUGCUUUCCAUGGACGCCAUGGAGCUCUCUGACAAGCUGGUCAGUUACUAUCUGGAUGACUACAGCAUCGAGAUCACCGCAGUCGUGCUGCGUGACAUUGGCAUGCUGGAGCUGGCGAGGGACCUAGAGGCCACCAGCAAGGGAUCUGGAGCGGCGCCAGCGUCAGCGUCAGCGGAGGCCAAGGCCCUUCCCUUGAUGAAGGCCAAGCAAGCACACUUUGUGGACCGGCACCGCGCCGCCCUCAUCAACCGCGUCACAGAGGUGGAUGCGGUGCUGGAUAACCUGUAUGGGAGCGUCCUGACAGAGGAGCAGUACCAGGCAGUCCGAGCAGAGAGCACCAACCCAAACAAGAUGAGGAAGCUCUUUGGCUUCGCUCCAGCCUGGGACCAGAACUGCAAGGACCUGCUCCUUCAGGCCCUGCGGGAGACCCAGUCCUUCCUGGUGGCUGACCUGGAGAACAAAUAAGGCAUCUUCCCCAGCAGUGGCCCCAUGUACACCCCCUGGGCGGUCUGAUUCUUUUAUACACAAUAUGAA